UCUCCGAUUCGUCAGUCAGUGCGACAGACGCGUGAGCGCGACUCCUGAUGGCUACUUUGUCAAACAUGUAGUAGUUAAGUGAUGACAAAAUUGUGUUGAUGUACAACGACAAUUGAUAAAAAAAAGUUUGUGAAUAUCGGUGAUAAAAUCCGAAGAGAAGGACACGAGCCAAUGAAUCCAUCGAAUUAGCUGAUGAGCUGGUGACGAAUAUAUGCAGAGAAUACCAGAGGAUAGUGGGUUAAUUCCAAUGUCGGACAUUAUGACGCAAGUGCAAGGUGCGCGAAAGGCGCAGUGAUCCGUGCGGAAACUCGACAUCAAUCGGGACAGUCUGUUCUCUGUGCGAUGGAGUCUAUAAGAAAAUGGUUCUACAGGCCUAAGAGAGAUGAUACAAGUCUUCUGGCUCAGUUCUUCUACGCCAACGAGGCUCUAACAGCAGUUGCCUGUGAAUUGGAUUCCUUCGACGGUAGACAAGAGCCAGAACGAUGCACGAUACUUGUUAAUCAACUGCGUCACUGCCAGGACAAAGUUUUGACGAUAUGCAAUCAAAUAAUGGACGAGUUGAUACCAGAGAGUCGUGCAAAUCGCGAUUUUCGAGUCAAGUUUCCAGACGACGUUAUGCAGGAGAAUCUUGCUGGACAACUGUGGUUUGGGGCCGAGUGCCUGGCCGCUGGUUCAUCGAUAAUGAAUCGAGAAGUCGAGAGUUCAGCAAUGAGGCCUCUUGCCAAAGCUCUGACCAAGUCUCUUGAAAUCGUGCGAAAUUUACUUAGAGAACACGCUCUCAAGGGCCACAUGAACUUAAAGGAAUUGUUCCAGGCGCAGAAUCCGCUGGAGCCGACCCUAGAAAAACUUGUUGAAUCCCUCAAGAUUUUUGAUCGUCUCUUCGCUGACUUUGAACUGUGCUAUGUUGCGGCAAUGGUGCCUGUUAAAUCAACCAAGGAGUAUGAACAGCAGGAGCUGGUCUGCGUACUUUUCUCGGAGACACUUCAAAGAGCACUUGAACGGGGUUUGUUGAGUCAAGCUGAUGUUGAUAAUUAUGAACCGGCCCUCAUGUUUACCAUUCCAAGGCUGGCCAUUGUUUCGGGGUUACUGGCACCACCUGGAGGUCCUCUUUGUCUCAAUUCGGCUGAUACAAUCAGUGAAAUGUUUAGGCCAUUCAGGAAUUUAUUACUGAAAAUCCGAGAACUCCUCUGGACUCUCAACAACCGUGAGCUCUACAUGUUGGAAAAGCUUCUGUGUUCAAAUGAAGAGCCCUCAGCGCCGAUAUCUCAAUCAGCGAGAAACGUCUGUCAACAGGAUCUUGAAGAAUUUGUUCAUAAUUUCUACACAGAUUAUCCAAAUUGUAAGGACUUUAUCGUAGACUUUUACACAGUAACGAAAAAUACAGGCUCUAAUAUGGACGAAGUGGCUCAUGAUGCAGUUGAAAUAUUGGAGCAGGACAAUGCUAGAAUAGAGUACCUGAUUGAUAAGCCCGAUAGAGGGAGGAGAAAAGAACGAAAGCAUAAAGUCAGAGCAGAACAUUCCAACAUUUGUCCCCACGCUAGACCAGCUAUUUCCAAAGAAGAGAGGAGUAUCCAGGAGUCGAGUAAUGCUCCCCAGGUAGAGUUGAUGGGAGAUCAACGUAGGAAUGGAGACUCAUCAGGUGGUCAAUAUUACGUUGACCCAGUGCAGUCAGAAAAUCCAGAUAGUGGUGAUUUCGGUGCCGAGGAGGGUGACAGGAGUGGGGAAGGCUUUCUGAGUCCCGAUAUUUCGCAGAUUCUUGGAGCCAGUGGUAACAUUGAAAUUCCUCAAACACAAUAUCUCCUGAAUCAAGUGUCUCAUGAAAACAACGUAACCGGUGAAACAAUUCACGUGGACAAUUCACUGCCUGAUAUGGAUUCGAAAAAGCUCAUUUCCGAGGCUAAUAAAACUCUAUCGAGUUUAUUACUCGAGGGUGAAUGCCCAAAUGAAUUAUCAGAGCAAACUGAUUCCGGUAUUUGUACGGUGAUAUCGUCGGAGAAUACAAGUUUGUACGAUAAGAGCCCCGAGGAGAAGAAAACGUUUGCCAAUGAGAUUCACCAACAGGAGUUGGAAAUUAACGAUGGAGAUGGUGAAAAUUCGAGUGAAAGGGGUGUUGCAUUGUCGAGUUCAUCAACGCCGAGGGACAGCAGCACUGAAAAUAUGUGUGUGCGUGUGAAGAGUGAAAAAACCAUAUCGCUAGAUAACCAAAUGGAAACAUCGAGUCAGAAUAAUUGUACUAAUGAACCGUCAAAGAAUUUACCUAGAAUAUCGUCAAAUUUUAACGGGACCAAUGAGGAAUUCGUGGGCUUGGCGUAUGGAAAUGGACAAAUCUCCGUCUGUGAUUCUAAUCAAUCGACCUUCCAAAUUAAUUAUUCGGAAAAUUGGGAGAAUCUUAAUUUGAAUAUCGAGAGCUCUGAGUCGGCAAAGGAAUUCUGGAGGGAUUUGAAAUCCAAAAAUUGUCCAUCUACCUCCCAGAAUAUUAAUAAAAUUGGUGAUAACAUUGAAAAAUACGCACAAGAGAGGAUAUCCGCCCGCAAGACGAAAGAGAAUAAAUUGAAGAAGCGCCAGCGCAAGUUCGACCGAAAAAUUGGAAAGAGAGUUCAUGAGGAUAUGCAGAGAAGUCUGUCGUGCAGUGUUCGCGGUGGUGGGCCGUUGUCCCCAAGCACCGAGAGCUCCCGCUCAAAUUCGACUGAUCGUUGCCUGUCAAAUCCAAGAUUGUCACACUUCGGAGCUAGUCUUCAUCCGAGUCAAAACACUAGACAAAUGCCCAAUUUUGGUAGCCACAGUCCCCAAAGGAGUCCCCGAUUGUGUCACUUCGAGCCGAGAUCCGAAAAUUCCCACAGUCAAACAUAUGGCCACAGAAGUCAAUUGAAUUCAUCGUUUCUGAAUCGAAAAUUACUGGACCAUAGGCGAUCGAGAUCAGAGCAAUUGGCGAAAAUGAGGAAGAAAGACCAUCGAUGCGACGAUGGUACGAGACGUCCCAGUGUCACUGAAUCCCAGCAAGUACUUCCAAACGAUGGUCUUGGCCCUAGAACAGAAAAAAGUGGAUUAGCCAGUGAAGGAUCUCCGGGUAGCACUCAGAAAGCUGGCAGGUACCAUCAAGAUAUGCAGACCAGAGUUGUAGGGGAGCAGACUUCAAUUAGAGGUCCUAAUUCUGCAAGUCUAGUUAAUCCUGGUGUUAUUGCGGCUAGAACAGCAGCAACAGUGGCCGCAGGCAGUACCACGUCCUCCCUCCUUGAACUUCCAUCUAGCAGAGCUCCCACAGAUAUUGGAUCAAGCUCAAGUUGCUCAAGUUGCUGCGACUCGAGCUCCGAAACGAGUGAAUUUCAGAGUGACUGUCAGGACGAUGAGGAAAUUGCACUGGCAAUGCAGGCCGCCGAAAUAGCCAAUAGAAACCAAAUUCGGGCCAAAUUCAGAUCUUCUGAAGACUUGGUACAUCGAUUGUUCGUUUGCAUCGCGGGAGUCGCCGACCAGUUGCAAACAAAUUUUGCAUCAGAUUUGAGAAAUAUACUGAAAUGUGUCUUCCUCAUGAAUAGCACACAAGUUGAAACUAGCGAUGAGCUUAAUUCCCCUGAUCAAGCAACUCAAUCUGAGAGAUUAAAUUCGGUUGAAACACUAGACAAUGGAGCUGACAUUGACCGACAGGAUUCUCUCCAAGAGGAUGACGAUGAUCUCGAGGAUACAACUAUAACUAAUGAACGAACUUCACCAGUGACAGAGAGAGGCGAGGAGUGUGUCGAGCGGGCCCCCGCAUGGAUUCCAGACAAUGAUGCACCACGAUGUAUGGCAUGCCAUGCUGGUUUCACCGUGGUACGACGUCGGCAUCACUGCAGAAAUUGUGGCAAAGUAUUCUGUGGCCGUUGCAGCAGUAAUAAUGUACCCUUACCCCGUUAUGGACAUACAAAACCUGUACGAGUUUGCAACAGGUGUUUUCUCUAUCAAGUGACACCCUUCACAGUGUCACAAGUAACACCAACUAGUUGAAUACUUUUAUCACAAUUACAUAUAAAAAAACAUAUUUUUUAAUAUAAACUUAAUGCUGAAUGCCUUCAUUCGAACUGUAGUUCACGUUCGCUUAUUCAAAGAGUUUCUCCGAAAUAUUCAAACAACAAUACUUCAUUAAGAGCAUUCUUCGCCAUUUGCUACUUACUAUGUUUACGAGAGCUCUUGGAGAUGUAGUCGAGGGUCAGUCAGACUACCAAUAAUAAUUAUAAUAAUUAUGAUAGUGAAUUGGUCCUAUUUCAAGCAUCACACAACUGCCUGUGGAUAAAUAUGUUACGAGAGAGUGAAUUUUAAACGCAUCACAAUUAUCUGUUUGUGCCAAAAUCAGAAGACAAUAAAGCAUCUUCUGUCCAUUUCAAGACAAAAAUGUUAUUCCAAACGUUAUAGUGUAAAUAAAGGACAAUGUUUUUCUUUCAUGAGGAAUGACAACAGUGACAGUGAAAUUUUGUGAUGCACAGUUGCAUCAAAUUCCUUUAUUUGGCUAAUUAAAAUGUAAAUACUUGUGAAUUACGAUGAUGAAGCAAAGAAAAAUACGAAACAAGACUGUUCAAUUACUACAAGUCAGAGUAUUAGCAAUCGAAUUUUUACGGCUCCGUUGAAUAUGAUAUUCUAAUUCAAUUUGUUAUUUUAGCGCACGAGGGAAAUAUCGUUUUAAGCGAGACAAUUGAAUUAUUAAUUUUAUAAUAAACAAGAAAUUUGUGACUUGAGUUGUUUGUUGAAACACAUUUUAUAUGAAAUACUUUGGUUUUAUUGUCUGAUAAUGCUGAUAAAAUUAUCUAGCUAUGUAGAAUUAAUCACGAGGUUCGAAUAAGAUCAAGCAAUGACCAAGUCUGAUAUAUGUAUGUGUGUGUGUAUGUAUAUACAUCUUGCACGCUUAAGACUGGCCUGCGAUUGUCGACAAUUUUCAGUCUAACUGCCUCUGGGUUUAAAUAUCGCGAACUUUUGUGGAGUUACUCGUUUGAACAGGGUCGCUAAAACCCAGGGCCAUCUGGAGGCGUACACCUACGCUGUGCAUAUGUAUAUAGUAUGUGCAUAUAUAUAUACACGUGUUCUAUAAAAAAAAAAUAAAACUAAAAGACAUUCUUAUUCCACUGAA